UCGUCGACUGUUGCUUCAAGGACGAAGGAGGAAGUGAGAUGCAGUGAAGGUGGAAUAGCAAUUGCUGGACUGACUCUCACUCGCUGCUCUCUGGAGCUGUCAUUCUGUAUAUUGGAAGGAAUUUAUGCCUUCAGCCUUUUGCAAACCUGAGCGCGAGUCUUUGCGCGUGAAGGAAGCGUUCGAGUGUGGAGUUUGGUGAAUUUGUUGCGUCGAAUGAUGAACGAGGGCGAAACCAUUUGUGCUGAUUGAGAGAGGAGGGAGGAGCAGGGCAAGCUUAAGAAGCGAGGUCGCUGGCGCUGAUUGCUCGUUUUGAUCCGAGAGGAAGAGUUUGAGGUUGAGGUUUAUUUCCGUAGCGGAGUCGGCCCGUCCAAGUGCUGGAACAGGAGGCGUGAAUUGGUGAGUCACGUAGAACUAGGGAAGGCGAAGCAGAAGAAGAUAAAAGGGAUCGUUUUACUUUGAUAUAUCGGAUUCGAGAUGGAUCAGUUUCUAGGGAGCGUGGGCAGUUACUUCUUCAAUCAGCGGGCCAAGAAGGAGAUGGAUUCUCUCGGAAACGAUGUGAAUUCUGUCUCGACCUCAGUGGAAAACUUCUUCAGCAGACUGAAAGGAAAAGUUCAAAAGGCAUUACCAGAUCUUCUGGAGGAGUACGGUCUUCCAAGGGGAUUAUUCCCCCAGAAUUUGCUAAACUAUGAGUACAAUGAAACCACUGGGGCCCUUGUCGUAAACCUUCCCUUUCCGUGUGAGGUGGGAUACAGAGAUCAGUCUGUGGUCAGGUUUGACAAGAGGGUAACAGGCGUCCUCAGACCAGGUAAUCUCACAGAUAUCGAAGGCAUGAAGACGAAAAUUAUGUUCUGGGUCAAAGUUUACUCUGUAUCCACAGAAGAAGACAAGGCCAUCAACAAGGUACACUUUCAAACGACAAUCAAGAAAACUCGCGCAAAGGAUGUGUACAACUACAUUCGAAGUGGAUUUGAAGUGGAUGCCUUUUAAAUUUACCGUGUCGGCAAUCAGCGGUUCCAGAGGUAUCGUACAUGACAGAGAGGUCUUGUGCCUAGAUGUUUUAAGCCAGCACAAGGCUGCAUACAUCAAGCUUAUCUUAGUAAACUAAUGUCUCGGGUAAUCUUGGCUGUGAACGUGCACAAUCUGUACAGUGGUAGGAAGAGAUCUAACAUCUAAAUCUUGCAAGAAAACUGUAAUAUAUCAUCCAAACUUGUGGAGAAUCGACUGGGUAUUUUCUACUUCUGGAGAUUUGUCGCUAAAUUUUUCCAGCGAACUUUCCUUGAAAUACAUCUUACCUUUGGAUUCUCCCCACUGCUUGGUUUCUGUGUGUACCGAUCACUUGGCGCUUGCGAAACGCUCACUACUUCCCUUCUAAUAUAUAUUGGCCUCUU